AUGAAGUUCACCACCGUCGUCGCUGCUAUUCUCUCCAUGGCUGCCAUUGCCAUCGCCGCUCCCACUCCUGUCGCCGAGGAUGUCCAAGCCCGCCAGAACCACGGCAUGUGCGUCAAGGCCAACCAGGGCCAGAUCGAGCAGAUUCCAAACUGCUAA